UUGCUGUCUUACAUUUUUCUGCAGCUCUUCUUCUCCGCUUUCUUCGUUUGUCCUGCGCUCAAACCCUAGCCUUAUUUCCAACCAGUGCGCGGAUCUUCGAAGGAGAAGAUGAGGGAAAUUCUGCACAUCCAGGGCGGACAAUGCGGCAACCAGAUCGGUGCAAAGUUCUGGGAGGUGAUCUGUGACGAGCAUGGGAUCGACCACACCGGAAAGUACAGUGGUGAUUCUGACCUGCAACUCGAGCGGAUCAAUGUAUACUACAAUGAGGCAAGCGGGGGAAGGUUCGUUCCGAGGGCGGUUCUUAUGGAUCUGGAGCCUGGCACAAUGGAUUCGGUCAGAUCCGGGCCGUUCGGGCAGAUCUUCCGCCCGGAUAACUUCGUCUUUGGACAGUCAGGGGCGGGGAACAACUGGGCGAAGGGACACUACACCGAGGGGGCGGAGCUAAUAGAUUCUGUCCUGGAUGUGGUGAGGAAGGAAGCGGAGAACUGUGAUUGCCUGCAAGGAUUCCAAGUAUGCCAUUCGUUGGGUGGAGGAACAGGAUCUGGCAUGGGCACUCUUCUUAUUUCAAAGAUCAGAGAGGAGUACCCUGAUCGCAUGAUGCUCACAUUCUCUGUUUUUCCAUCACCAAAGGUCUCAGAUACCGUCGUGGAGCCAUACAAUGCCACUCUCUCUGUUCACCAACUUGUUGAGAAUGCUGAUGAGUGCAUGGUGCUUGACAAUGAGGCUCUCUAUGAUAUUUGCUUCCGCACUCUCAAACUCGCGACUCCUACCUUUGGUGAUCUCAAUCACCUCAUCUCGGCUACCAUGAGUGGUGUUACAUGCUGCCUCCGCUUCCCCGGUCAGCUCAACUCCGACCUCCGAAAGCUAGCUGUGAAUCUGAUCCCCUUCCCACGCCUCCACUUCUUUAUGGUUGGUUUUGCUCCCCUAACCUCUAGGGGAUCUCAGCAGUACCGCGCCCUCACAGUUCCAGAACUGACCCAGCAAAUGUGGGAUUCCAAGAACAUGAUGUGCGCUGCUGAUCCGCGCCAUGGCCGCUACCUCACCGCCUCGGCCAUGUUCCGUGGGAAGAUGAGCACCAAAGAGGUGGACGAGCAAAUGAUUAAUGUUCAGAACAAGAACUCUUCCUACUUUGUCGAAUGGAUUCCCAAUAAUGUCAAAUCUAGCGUGUGUGACAUCCCACCCAAGGGGCUUAAGAUGGCAUCCACCUUCAUCGGAAACUCAACUUCAAUACAGGAAAUGUUCCGUAGGGUCAGCGAACAGUUCACUGCAAUGUUCAGGAGAAAGGCUUUCCUGCAUUGGUACACUGGCGAGGGCAUGGAUGAGAUGGAGUUCACUGAGGCCGAGAGCAAUAUGAACGAUCUGGUGGCCGAGUAUCAGCAAUACCAGGAUGCGACUGCAGAGGAAGACUACGAGGAGGAAGAGGAAGAGGAGGUGGAAGGCUGAGCCUGACAGAAAUCCACUUUUCUUGAAAUCAUUUUUUAGUCAAUUUCUAUUUUCUAUCUGAUUAUGUGAGAUCGUAUUGGGGUGUAGGACAUUAAAUUCUGUGCUGGUUUGUUUAGUGUUUUGAUGGUUUCUAUAUUUUCUGUGUGGAGUGGAGUUUAUAACAUGGCUCAGUGCAUUUUGUAAUAUAUCUGAAGUUUGGAUGCUUAGCUCGUUUUUGGGACAACGUGACUUUGUUUUGUGCUGGGAAGUACGUGGCAAACUCAAAUUGGUUGGAACUAGUAAGCCUGUUAAUGGGCGUUCUCAUUGGUGCAAUAUUCUUCAAGAUUAGCAAUA